AUGCAUAACCCGGUGUUUUCUAUUGCGCAUAUGCGCGAGAUGGUGCCCAUCUUCUAUGAGGUGACUCAUAGACUUCGAGAUUCUAUUUCAAAGAAGGUCGGCAACGGUCCUCAGGAAAUCGACGUUGUACCGUGGAUGGCUCGAACAGCGCUUGAAUUGAUAGGCCAGAGUGGGUUUGGCCACUCCUUUGACACUCUCGCAGAGGACACGGCCCAUAGUUCAUACAGCGCGGCAAUAAAACAGCUAGGUCCCGUUCUUCUGCGAUUCGCAUUCAUACGUUCGUAUUUUUGGUGGUUAGCUAAUGUUGGAACCCCAAAAAUGCGCCGCUUCGUUGUCAAUCUCCUUCCGUGGAAGAGCUUGCAUGACGUGCGCGACAUCGUUGAUACCAUCUACAACACCUCCUUGAAUAUUUUCGAGUCAAAGAACAGGGCGUUGUUGGACGGGGAUGAAGCUGUUGCAAGACAGGUUGGGGAAGGAAAGGAUAUAUUGCUCCCUCUAACAAGGAGAUAUACUGGCAAAUGA